AUGUAUCACAAAUCGCAAACGACUUUUAGUUCAUUUGGCCAUGUUGUUUACUUCUACCCUGCUGUAAACAUCUCCAGGUUCGAAGAGUCAACCACUUCUUGUGUAGAUUUCCUGCGACAGCUUCAACUCGAUUAUUUGAUACACGUCCACCCGACUCCGAGAAAGCACCAGGCAUUCGAGCAUUUAGUGGGCUGGGGAGGCUACAAGCGGGCCUAUCGCGGCCAAUUGGCAAGUGCUCUGGGCGGCCUUUCACCGCGAAAUCAGCUGCAUUUGCCCGCACUUGACGCUGCAGACGCACCCAUGAUCUCAGUGUUUCGAACAACUGAGCUGACGCUGACGAGGCGCCAACAGCCAUCCUCGAACAGGAAACAUGAUCCGAUUACAACAGACAGUAAUAUGGUGGUCAGCUCGAGGUCACGAGGGCGUGUUAACCUUCGCAGCGACCAAGAACUGCUGCAGUCACCAUCACAGCCUGAAUCCAGCAGUCCAGUGACACCAAAUACUAUCAAUGACCACAAUACCGACACGUCUCUUUCCCGGCAGCACGAUGAUGCUGGCUCAUCGCGUGCGAAAAGGAACAGGAUAGCUUCAGUCUCGGAUCGUGAGAGUGUACAGAAACGUCGACGGCUGAGUAAAGGGAGUGUUACAGGUCCUUCCCCAGUGCACAUCCCUUUGCGUGGUAGAGCCGUGCCAGACGUCCAACCUGCGAACCACGGCAAGGUGUCGUAUAACCAUACCACCGUACAGCCACCAUCACUUCUCACACACGAUAGCAGCGUCAGUAACAGUCCGCUCAACUCUCCGCCUUAUGGGCCUCAAUACGAUCAGUUUAGGAGAAUAGAAGAAAAGGCUCAGAGGGUUGUCAAAAAGCAUCUACAACAGGAAGAGAAGAGGAUCCUCAGGUCGGAACAUGGCAGUACUAGGUCCAAGACCGAGUUGGCUCAAUACUUCCCGAAUUUUGAUGAUAUGCUGAGCCUUGAACCCGUUGAUCCGAACCUUCUUACUGCCAAGACACCCAUCGUGCUCGUCGACGAUACACCAAAUUUCGUGCCUGCGCCGCCACGGCCCGACUAUUUCAGAUCUCUUCAAGCUCCUCAUAACGCCGAAACGAUUGAUCUCGAGGAGCACCUGACAUCCACGAGACCACUUGUGGAUCCACUUUCGGAUGCCAUAUACCUUAAAGCACAUCAGAAAGCAGAGAGACACGAGAAGCAGAUGAAGAAUGGCGACAAGGAGCGUGCACAACAUGAGAAAUAUCAGCUGGAACGUCUUCUGGAAGAGCUGCGUGGUCCUGAGUGGCUGAAAACACUUGGAAUUAGCGGCAUAACAGACACGGAAAAGAAACGAUUCGAGGCUAAACGUAAACUAUUCAUACGAGAAACUCAAGCUCUGAUCGCCAAAUUCAAGCGAUGGAAAGAAGAAGAAAAGCGCCGAAAACUUGAGAAACUUCAACUCCAGCUUGAGGGCGCCGAAGCAGCAUCUGAAUCGGCUGACGGCAGUCGAGGAGACGACAAAGCUUCGUCUUCCACCGCUGCUACCAGGACAAGAGUACGAAUCAAGAACGGCCUGGCCAGCAAGAGUCGCAGCAGUCGGGCGAACAGUAGGCCGUCGUCUGUGUCUGCUCAAGUUCCUGACUCCAGCGAAAUCGACGCCUUGGCCUCUCAGCAGCUUCUUGAAGAGGCUAAAUCAGCCAGUGUGCACCGUCACAAGGCAAAUGCUGUUCCGACCAGUUUGCCAAUCCCGCUACUACCAGAAUUUUCCAGGAAACCAUUCACGUCCUUCUUCGAGAAGCGUCAUAUUCGCGACGCUGCUGUCUCUGGUCGGAAUCGUGGACGGAAGAUCUAUGCCUUUGGACAGGAACUCCCGGAAUUUGAGGAAACGGAGUUUGAGUUACCAGAGUCCAUAUUGACACAUGAUGCUAUCAAGGCUAGUCAAAGGAGUCGUAGGAGGCGCAUGCGCAGUAUUGACGAUGGGAGUUGA